AUGGCGAACACAUGGAACGGCACGCCGCUGGACGAGGUGCAAUUCCGCCGGCCUGAUGUGAUCGCCUACUGGGAGGGAAUCCAUGAGAACAGCACCGAGAUUCACCCUCCCAUCUGGGACAUGUGCCGCAACAGACAGGCCUUCGAAACACGCUUGAAGCAGAUGAACGGCGUCGAGUACAUGAUCGUUGGCGAACCACAACCAAAUACCGGUACCGAUCCAUCGCUAGGCCCAGAUACGGGCAUCUGGGUCAUCCGCAAGCAAGACCGCCGCAAGAGACCUCCACAACCCGAUGAGAUCACUGUCCUGGCCACAUACUACCUGGUCGGCGAGAACAUGUACCAAGCGCCUUCUGUCUACGACAUUGUCGGCAACCAUCUCUUGUCGGCCAUGACCUCGCUUACAAAGUUUACUCAAACUGCUGCUCCACUACCACUUUACACUCCUGCAACAGGUUAUACCUACUACCCACCCGCUACUGCCAAAUCACUAGUCGCAUCACAAGCCCUCUCUUCCACGAGUCGAGAGGCAAGCACAGCACCUACGCCAGCAGAACUACCAUCCACCGCCAGUCUAGAUCCUACUGCACAAUCCACCACCUCAACCGAAUUGAAAGCGACANAAGAUACAGACCCUCGCGCACAGAGAGCCCUCCAAGAUUCAUUACAAAUGAUGCUACACUACGGAGACGAAUACAUGGACGAGAAUCCUUUGCGCGGCGAGCCCGGCAAUUUCACCUUCUCAGCCACAAAACACCACGUCCGCGCAAAAGCCGAAGCCGCCGAAGCUGCAAAAAUCAAAGAAGCCGAGUUGGCAAAGAAGUUGGAAGAGGCAAGAUUGGCUGCUCAAGCUACACCGUUUGCGUCAGCAGCAGCCAAAAAGGAUGAAGAGGAAAAGACGAAGAAAAAGGUCAGGGAUAAGAUUAAGAAGAGGAGAAGUAAGNGGCUGGCUACGAAUCCGAGUACGCCUGCCAGUCCUGCUACUCCGGCUACUUGA